UAUUUUCUGAGUGUGGCCCGCGAGGUAGUGAAUAAGAAUCGAAUAGUUGAUUAACCGCUCGGCUUGUCACAAUGGAAACGGUCCGCAUUGCUUACCUGGGGCAAGUUAUCCACUUUGGCGCAGGAUAAGCCCUCUCUCUGGUCGUGAAUAAGAACUCAGCGAGCUACCACAAGCACAUUUCGCUCUCUUCCUUACUCUCUCUCUCUCUCUCUCUCUCUCUGUCUGAUCAUGGAGUCGCGAGUGCUGUCACGCGCCGCCACCUUCGCUCCUCUGUCCCACCUCCGAAAGCCGCAGAGAGAGAGCGGCGCCAGCGGAAGCGUCAGCUUCGUCUCCGCGCGGCCGAUCGGAGCCGUCGGAGAGGGCGGAAACGUGAUAUGGGGGAGGCAGCUCCGACCGGCUCUGCUGCUCGAGAGCUCGAGCCUCGGCGCUAAGAUUCUGAGGCCGAGCCCCGUCUGCGCCGCGGCUUCGUCGUCGCCAGCCGAAGGGAGCGAUUCCGCCGGGGAAGCGAAGAUCGCUCCGGUCGGGUUCUUCGAGAAGUACCCGGCUCUCGUCACGGGCUUCUUCUUCUUCAUGUGGUAUUUCCUGAACGUGAUUUUCAACAUCCUCAACAAGAAGAUCUACAAUUACUUCCCGUACCCCUACUUUGUGUCGGUCAUACACUUGUUGGUCGGGGUGAUAUACUGUUUGGUGAGCUGGACCGUGGGCCUUCCCAAGCGCGCUCCUAUGGACUCAAACCUCUUGAAGCUGCUCGUCCCUGUUGCUGUGUGUCAUGCACUUGGCCACGUGACAAGCAAUGUCUCUUUUGCAGCUGUUGCUGUCUCAUUCACUCAUACAAUUAAAGCUCUUGAGCCCUUCUUCAAUGCUGCUGCCUCUCAGUUCAUACUUGGACAAUCAAUACCUAUAACUUUAUGGCUGUCUCUGGCUCCUGUUGUUCUUGGUGUGUCAAUGGCAUCAUUGACCGAGUUGUCAUUCAACUGGGUUGGCUUCAUUAGUGCUAUGAUUUCCAAUAUCUCCUUUACAUAUAGGAGUCUCUAUUCAAAGAAAGCCAUGACUGACAUGGAUAGUACUAAUCUCUAUGCUUAUAUUUCCAUCAUUGCUCUCGUUGUCUGUAUUCCACCUGCCAUCAUUUUGGAGGGACCUCAACUGCUGAAGCAUGGCUUUAAUGAUGCAAUUGCGAAAGUAGGUCUAACCAAGUUCAUCACAGACCUUUUUUGGGUGGGAAUGUUUUACCAUCUUUACAAUCAGCUGGCCACCAACACCCUGGAGAGGGUGGCACCUCUUACACAUGCAGUUGGGAACGUGUUGAAACGAGUAUUUGUGAUUGGAUUCUCAAUCCUGGUCUUCGGUAACAAAAUUUCAACACAAACUGGUAUUGGAACUGCCAUUGCAAUUGCUGGAGUAGCAACCUACUCUUACAUCAAGGCCAAGCUGGAAGAAGAGAAACGACAAGGUAAAACAGCAUGAGGAGAAAAAGAGGUCUGGACAUGGAGGAGAAUCAUGUGUUGUAAAUUUUCAAAUAUUUCCUUCCAAAGCGAGAGACGGCAAAUGGAUUAUCCUUUUAUUUAUCGAGAAAAGAAAAAAAGAAAGAAGUGUAUCCUAUUAUCCCUGUGGCAGUUAUUUUUCUUUUGAUUUCCUUUGAUUCAGAUUACAGACAAUUGCUAAUUUGCAAUGAUCUCAUGUUGUGAGUGAAAAUAAUGAAUCACUUUGUCUGUCACAA